UCGAGCCAGCUCUCGGGUGGGGCCGCGCGCCCCCGGCCGCCCCGCCCGCCGACGGCGCCGCGCAGUCCGCGCCCCCGCCCCACCCUGCCCCGCCUGCCCCGGCGCCCUGCUACUCGGUCCCGCCCCCUUCCUGGCUCCUCCUGGGGAGGCCCUGGAUGGUGUGGUGGCUCGCUUCUCCCAGUGCUUGGCUGAAUUUCGGGCGUGGUUGAGAACCAACUGGUUAAGGUUCAAUCCCGACAAGCCGGAAGUGAUGCUGCCUUCUGUCGAGUCUUCCAGCCCAGGAGGUUCAGCCACAUCGGACGACCAUGAAUUUGAUCCAUCCGCUGACAUGCUGGUCCAUGACUUCGACGACGAGCGGACAUUAGAGGAGGAAGAGAUGAUGGAAGGAGAGACGAACUUCAGUUCCGAGAUCGAGGAUCUGGCGAGGGAGGGCGACAUGCCGAUUCACGAGCUGCUCAGCCUGUACGGCUACGACAGUGCCGUGCGGCUGCCCGAGGAGGAGGAGGAGGAGGAAGAGGAGGAGGAGGAGGGCGAAGAGGAUGAAGACGCCGACAACGACGAGCACAGCGGGUGCAGCGGAGAGAACAAAGAGAACAUCAAGGACUCGUCGGGCCAGGAGGACGAGACGCAGUCGUCCAACGGCGAGCCGGCGCCGGCCGCAGCCUCCCAGGACGCCCCCGACAUGAUCCGCCCGCGGCGCUGCAAGUACUUCGAUACAAACAGCGAAAUCGAGGAGGAGUCCGAGGAGGACGAGGACUACAUCCCCUCGGAAGACUGGAAAAAGGAGAUCAUGGUGGGUUCCGUGUUUCAAGCUGAAAUUCCCGUCGGCAUCUGUAAAUACAAGGAGAACGAGAGAGUAUAUGAAAAUGACGACCAGCUUCUGUGGAACCCGGAUUACCUGUUGGAGGAUAAAGUGAUUGAAUUUCUCAAUGAAGCGUCCCGACGGACAGGAGACGAGAAAGGGGUGGAAGCGAUUCCUGAGGGUUGUCACAUCAAAGACAACGAGCAGGCUCUCUACGAAUUGGUGAAAUGCAGCUUCGACACGGAAGAGGCCCUGCGGAGGCUGCGCUUCAACGUGAAGGCGGCUCGAGAGGAGCUCUCCGUCUGGACCGAGGAAGAGUGCCGGAACUUCGAGCAAGGGCUCAAGGCGUACGGGAAGGAUUUCCACCUCAUCCAGGCUAACAAGGUGCGCACGAGGUCCGUCGGCGAGUGCGUCGCCUUCUACUACAUGUGGAAGAAGUCGGAGCGCUACGACUUCUUCGCCCAGCAGACGCGCUUCGGGAAGAAGAAGUACAACCUGCACCCCGGCGUGACGGACUACAUGGACCGGCUCUUGGACGAGAGCGAAAGCGCCGCCUCCAGCCGGGCUCCGUCCCCCCCUCCGACCGCCUCCAACAGCAGCACCAGCCAGUCGGAGAAGGAGGACGGCGUGAGUAACAGCACUCAGAACGGCAUCGCCUCCAACGGGCCCAGCGAGGCGUCCGCCAAGGAUGACCUGAAGGCCGACGGGCUGCACCUCAACGGGCCCAGCGGGGCGAGCAAGAAGGCCGGCCACGCCGACGCGGACACCAACGGCUACGAGGCGGACCCCCCGCCCGGCGGCGAGGCCAAGGUGGCUCACGUGACCCCCAAGAGCGAGAGCUACUUCGAGGACAAGAGCGAGCGGCCGGCCAAGCGGCGCAGGGUGAGCAGCAACGGCAAGGAGAGCCCGGCCGCCGCCGACUUCUUCCAGGAGGCCAACUCGCACGGCAAGUUGGAGGAACUGGAGAGUUUCGAUGACUGAGCGGGAGGCCGCUCUGGCCGUGGCGAGGAGACGCUCCUGGUGCGACGACAAUUUUCAGGGUUGACGGGUUCCCUUCAGCGGACGUCCUCGGUGCGCUCAGCUGCCGUCUGGCGUGUUCAGUGGGAUUUUCAUUUCGGGGACGGUUUGUAUUCCUGCCUUUCGCGGAAUUUUUUACUUCCACUCUUUUAAAGACCCUUUUAACGAUCGGCCGACGGAGACGUCCCGGGCAGAAGGCGGCGGCUGCACGUCCACCUCGCCGCAGGCCCGGCCGCAUUUUACUCCCAACCCCCUGAGUCCGCGCUUGCGGUUUGCUGGGAAGCGGGGCGCGGGGGAGGCUGGUUUGUGCUUCACUCGGAGGAUCUUCUGCUUCACACCAGCUUUUCUGCUGCUUGUUUUUGGUUUUGUUUCUGGUUUUUUCCCCCUUUUUUUGUCUAGUAGACCAGAAAGUAGCCACGACCGUUUGUCUCUCCAGACCAAUUGGGUGUCAUCCCUGAGGAAACCCCGCUGAAUCCUGAAAGUUACGCUAGCAUGGUUUUUUAUAUAGAGAAGUUAAAAAUAAACCAAGUCAGGUUUGUGUAUGUACAAUUGUUGACAUCAGUGAUGUCUUUCAUAUUCUUAUCUGGGCCUAAGAAAUACAUGCUGUAUUUUUCCAGAUUCUUUGUAGCCUUUGGAAGAUUUUUACAGAACUACGUCUUGACUGAGCUGUCCUUUCUUAAACAAAAGCUUGUAUAAUUUUCUUAACUUGUACAGUUGGUAAACUUUUAUGAGAAGAGUUGAUAUUCGGAGUCUGUCCGCUUCCUUUUAUUUUGCUAAAGUCUUUUUCUAAUGAAUUUUUAAGUGUUUGUGGGCUCUCCGAGUCACCCUUUCCUCUCCGGCGGCGAGAGGUUCACCCAGAGAAUGGCGGGCUCCCGACCCCCGCGGACAAACCGCGCCUGCCGAAUCCUGGCGCGAUGCAUGACGACGCUCGGGUGGGCCGCACAGACUUUUGCAUUCGGCGCGUCUUCGUUCCUUUUGGCAGCCAGCGCAAGGGCUUCUCUCGAGCGGAAGGCGUUGGCCAGAGUCCACUCGGUGGUUUUCCUGCACAUAUCGGAAGGGCCCGCUUUGCAUUGAGAAGCGCGGAGGGAACGGGAGCAGCCGCUUCUGCCGGAGGGAAGGCGGCGCUCGGGCCGCGGAAGGGCGGCGGAGGAGGCUUCCUCGGAGCGCCCGGCGUCGGCCCGAAGGAGCGGGCUUGCUCGGUGGAGUCUCGGGCAGCCCCGACGGUCUAGAUAGGCUGCUGCUCGGUAUGGCGCAGAGGGACGCCCCGCGGGGGCCGGACAACCCAGGGCUCCCCGCCCGCCACCCCCCGAGGAGGAGGAUGCUUCUGGGCCUACGGAAGAGCUCCGGGCCGUCCCGGCGGCUUCUCUUUCUCCGCCCCAGCACAGUGUUAAAGCCAUUGUAGACCGUUUUCCUUUCCCGCGGCGGACCUUGCCGGAGCUUCCCUAGUCUGAGUGGUGGUGUGUGUGCAGGACAGACCUUCGGGGGCCCCGAUCCUCGGGAGCGGCAGUAGCUUUAGAAGGGGUCGCGAGCCGUCGUCUUCGUCAAGUCCAAAGUGUCCCAGCUUCGUAUCAAAGAUGGUCUAGAGAGGGUCCAAGCGAAGGGCGGCGCCGCAUCAGAGAGCAGCGCAGAGGAGAGCCUGCGAGCGGACGGCCGGGGGGCAGCUCCUCCCCGAGGGGCCUCGCCCUGCGGGUCCCUCUUGGCCUGCGGCCGCUCUGCUCGAGGUCAUUGCACUAUUAGUACUUUAAGAUUUAGUCACGUCAUGAUUUAAUUUGCCUGCCUAAACCCCGCCGGACCCAGGAGCAGGUCCCCGUGGUAUGGCGCGCCGUCCGGGCCAACACGGACUGCCCGCGAGAUCUUUCCCGUGUCGCAGAAUCAGAAAUUGGGUUCAGCAGCAGCCUUUGGCGCGCUGUAAGACCGAUCCGAAGGCGGAUUUGACAGAUGAGGCAUUCCAGAAUGAUGGGUUACAUUUGCAUAGUAAUUUUGCACUGUAAGUAAUUCCUGGUUCUCUCCCCAAUCCCUGUCUGCAAUUCUGAAAAAGCUUAUUAAAAUAUUUUUUUAAACAUG